AUGCGCCUCCAGGGCGAGCAGUGGCUCGUGUUAGCCGGCGAGGAGACAAGGCAGCCCGUGUACGCCAUCAGGCGGAACGGGUGGGGGAAGACGAUGGCGAACAUCACGGCUUGCGCCAAAGGGAAUUCGCCGUCAUACGAGGUGGAAGGGUCGUACGCGCGGCGGUGCUGCAUGCUUUACGACGGAGAAAGGCGUGCGGUGGCGGAGGUGAGGCCCAGCCCCAAGGAGGUGGUUGGCACGGACGUGUUCCGCCUUGUGGUGCAGCCCAGCGUCGGCGUAUCGCUCGCCAUGGCCAUCGUGGUGGCGCUCGAGCAGAUGUUUGCCAGGCCGUCCCUCCUCCGGAGUUGGUCCACCGCGUAGAUUAUACUUUAUUAAUUCGUUUGAUUUUUGUGUUUCGAUCUUGUCGAGCUAGCUUUUUUUGCCCCUUACACUUGGGGUCGGGUUGAGGCUACGAAUUGUGACGGCGAAAAUCGAUGGACGGGUUCAUCGAUGUGUGUGGGCAUGAGAGCAGG